AUGGAAAUAGGCAAUCUCCAUAAGCUUAAGAUAUUAUCAUUGUCAGAUAACAAGUUGAGGGGAUCUAUUCCGUCCAAUAUUUUUAACAUUUCAACUUUGAGAUACUUAAGUCUUGGAAACAAUUCUAUAAUUGGCCAUCUUCCAUCAAAUUUUGGGAAUCUCACUAGUUUCUAUGAACUAUACUUGGGAGAAAAUAUUUUGACAGGAUCAAUUCCAAAAGUAAUUGGUGGCUUACAGGAUCUUCAAUAUUUGAAUCUUGAAGGCAAUGAGCUGCAUGGCCUAAUCAUUGAUGAGAUAUGUGAAAUCACAAAGCUUGCCUAUUUAUCAUUAAGCAGAAACAAGUUUUCUGGAGGAAUACCACAUUGUUUAGGAAAUGUUACCUCUUUACGAGAACUUUACUUAGACUCUAAUAAGUUAAUUUUAAAAAUACCCUCCUCCUUUUGGAAUUUGAAAGACAUAUUGAAAGUAAACUUAUCUUCCAAUACUUUAGUUGGAAAUGUAUCCAGUAUUGGAAACUUAAAUUCUCUUAUAUCACUGGAUUUGUCAAGAAAUUAUAUUUCAGGCAAUAUUCCAACAUCUUUGGGUGGACUAAAGAACUUGCAAGAUCUCUCCUUAGCACAUAACAAUUUGCAAGGAAAUAUUCCUAAAUCAUUUGAAAAUAUGCUGAGCUUAGUAAAUUUAGACCUUUCUGAGAAUAAUUUAGUUGGUGAGAUCCCCAAAUCCUUGGAGUCACUUACUUAUCUUAAGUAUAUCAACCUCUCCUACAACAAACUACAAGGAGAGAUUCCAAGUGGUGGAGUUUUUGCAAAUUUGACUGCUGAAUCUUUCAUCAUGAAUGAAGCUCUUUGUGGCCGUCCACAACUAAAAGUGCCUCACUGUGAUAAGGGAAGAAGAAAAUGUUCAUGGGCAAAAUCACUUUUACUAAAAUGCAUAUCACCCAUGGUUGUGUCAAUAAUUUUAAUUGUCUUGGGCAUUAUUCUUGUAAGACAAAGGCAAUCAAAUUUAAGAGAACCAAUUGAGAGGGACUUAUCUAUUUUAGGAGGGCCAAGGAGGAUUUCUUAUUUUGAAAUUCUAGAAGCAACUAAUAGAUUUGAUGAGAGUAACUUUCUUGGAAAGGGGAGUUAUGGUGAAGUGUUCAAAGGAAAGCUUUUGAAUGGGAUGAUGGUUCCAAUUAAAGUAUUUAAUUUUGAUUCUGAAAAAAUGUCAAGGUUCUUUGAAGUGGAAUGCAACACAAUGCGUAAUGUGCGUCAUUAUAAUUUGGUGAAGAUCAUAAGUAGUUGUUCCAAUGUUGAUUUCAAAUGUUUGAUAAUGGAGUUCAUGCCUAAAGGGAGCCUUGAAAAAUGGUUGUAUUCUCACAAUUAUUGUUUGGAUUUUUUACAAAGGCUAAAUGUAAUGAUAAAUGUGGCAUCUGCUUUGGAGUAUCUCCAUCAUGGCUUAUCAGCACCAAUAGUUCAUUGUGACUUGAAGCCAAGUAACAUUUUGUUGGAUGGUGAUAUGGUUGCUCAUGUGAGUGACUUUGGGAUUUCCAAACUUUUAGAUGAAGGGCAAUCUAAAAUACAUACAGAAACAAUACCUACAAUUGGAUAUAUAGCACCUGAAUAUGGAUCUACUGGAGUUGUUUCAACAAAAGUAGAUGUGUAUAGCUAUGGAAUUAUAUUAAUGGAAGUGUUCACACGAAAAAAACCAACAGAAGACAUGUUUGUCUCAGGAUUGAACUUGAAGAAUUGGGUAAGUGACUCAAUGCUACAUGAAAUGAUUAAUGUCAUAGAUUCCAAUUUAUUGCAGGGAGAUGAUCAAUAUAUUGGUGAAAUAUUGACUUCCGCAUCCAGUAUUUUUGAAUUGGCAUUACAUUGUUGCAAUGAUUUUCCUGAAAUGCGAAGCAAUAUGAUAGAUGUUGUUGUGUCAUUAAACAAGAUCAAGAACAUGAUUAUGCAAAGACAACAUUGUUGA